AUGGCACGAUCAAGAAGGACAAUGCUUUUGAAAGAGAAUCGUUCCAAACGUCAAAAAUACAGCCCUCACCAACAGUUUCCUCUCGAGGCAACUAUUAACACUACAAUGUCAUUCACGCCGAGGCAACCUCUGUCCGAAUUGACUCCAUCCUUUCAAAACAGUACUACAACAACGAGAAUUGAUGGACAGUCACAACAUUUGAGUGUAGAUAUUGAAGGUUCGGGACCGAGCGCAACAAGACACGCCUUUAAAACAAAUAUAAGGUCCCGAGGGAUAGAUACAUUAGCAACAAAUCUAUUUUCAAAAUUUGCAUCCAGCUCUACGACGAGUGAAAAUGCGGGAUGUACUCCUUCCUCAUUAAAAGCUAAUCAAAAACGGUGUCCGGAUGAAAACUUCGUCGGUGAAGGUGGAGGUUCUUCUACGAUACACAUGUUAGUGCAAUCCCUAUGUAUUUCACACCAACUUAUUUACCAACUUAGUGCAAUCCCUUACUUGCUUAUCAAGAUAACACAUUUAACAAUUUAUUUAACUGUGCUAUUGUUGUCUGUUCAUAUAACUUGUGUGACAAGAUUACCACAAAUUCCCAGACCGGUGAGAGGUAGGCCUAAGAAUCACUACGGAGUUCCAAAUAUGGCUAUGAACUUAACCAGAAAGUUUCCUAUACUUGAAAGAGAGGAAGGGCAUCACACGGUGAAUCUGAACCUUGGUUACACCGGUCAAAUAAGUUGUGUUUAUGCUCCCAAACGACGUAGAGGCCGGCCAAGAAAACAUAUGCGUGAUCCAGAGUCAGGACUGAAUUUGAAUACACAGCGACCAACACAAACCAGUAGUCGGCUGCACCCCAUUCCAAAUGAUACACCCGGACCAAGUAAUGUCAUUAACACACCGCGCCCUGCUCGGCAAAUAGAAGAGAUAUCCAAGAAUCAUGUUUCUCACGAGGUCACGCAAAUGUCACAGUCCACGCCCAAUCACCAACGCAGAACCGAGCCAACAUGUCCUAUUUUUACACCUACGGUUAAUAUGGAUUUUAAUACUGACUCCGACGACGACAGCGACUACGACCCGUUUGCAGCAUACCUAUCCGACGAGGAAAACUUUUCUGAAUCAGAAGAUCUUGAAGCGCCUUUUACAAUCAAUGACAAUGCAACUGGACAUUCAGAGGAAUAUUACGAUAUCGGUUCCCCACUUAUCGAAUGUUGUUAUUGCAAAGCAAGGAUGUGGUAUCAGGAAAGGAUGCACAAAAGUACACAUUCAGCUAACCCAAAGUUUAUGAUGUGUUGUGGUAACGGCAAGGUUGAAUUACCAAUGCUAAGACAACCUCCCGUAUACAAUAUGAUGUUUGCAUUCACAUCCCCGGGAGCAAAGAUAGACAAUCGUUUUAACAAUGGUCGCGGCCCUCCAACAAUGAGGAUACAAGGUCAAACGUGUCAUCGAAUUGGAAGUUUGCUCCCUCCUCAAGGGCAAAAGCCGAAAUUUGCACAAUUAUAUAUAUAUGACACGGAAAAUGAAGCCGAAAACCGUAUGCAUGGACUUAGGAACAAAGAGAACAUUGAUUCUGAUGUAGUAAACCAGCUGUCCAAAAUGCUGUACGAAUACAAUCCUCACGCAAAGAGCUUUCAGAUGGCGAAACAAUGGUUAGCCAAUGGGGAAACUCAAAAUCUCAAACUACGCCUCAUUUCUAACCGAUCGACCGAUGGAAGAGUGUAUAACCAACCUACUGUGUCUGAAGUCGCGGCCUUGGUCGUUGGUGAUAUUGACACGGCGGAAAUGCGUGAUAUCAUUAUGCAAACAAGAGGUGGGGGACUUCAAAGAAUCAACGAAUUGCAUGCAGCUUACAUGGCAUACCAGUAUCCUUUGAUUUUUCCUUAUGGUGAGGACGGUUAUAGACCUGAUGUAGCUCACAGGGACUUGCCUGGCAACAAUAACAGCAUACGAAAUAGGCUCACAAUUCGGGAAUUCUUGACUUUAUUAUCUUCUAGAAGGUUGUUCCAGCAGUUUCUGGUCGAUGGUUACACAAUGUUAGAGUCUGAGAAACUAGAAUGGUUACGUAAAAAUCAACCAAAACUUCGAGUUUCCAAGUACAACUCUUUGAAUGAAGAGGGAGACCAAAGUCAGGCCCAAGGGAACAGCAUAGGCAAACGAGUGGUAUUGCCUUCUUCCUUUGUUGGAGGACGUAGGUUUAUGGAUCAAUUGUACUAUGAUGGAAUGGCUAUAUGCAGUAAAGUUGGAUUUCCUGAUUUGUUUAUUACCUUUACUUGUAAUCCAAAUUGGCCCGAGAUUCAAAGAGUACUUAGACCUCUUCAUUUGAAACCUCAAGAUCGACCGGAUAUCAUCUCAAGAGUCUUCAAAAUCAAAUUUGAUCAAUUGCUUACAGAUUUAACCAAAAAAGGUGUUCUUGGCAAAGUACUUGCCUACAUGUACACCAUUGAGUUUCAAAAGAGAGGAUUGCCUCAUGCCCAUAUAUUGAUCUUCUUGCAUCCUUCAAACAAAUAUCCAGGUCCAGAAGACAUUGACAAGAUCAUUAGUGCUGAAGUGCCCGAUCCCGAAACACACCCUCGGUUGUACAGUUUGGUCAAAGCUCACAUGGUUCAUGGUCCUUGUGGUUUGGCAAAUCCCAAAACACCUUGCACGAAAGAUGGAAGGUGCACCAAGUUUUACCCUAAGAAAUUUCAACCUACGACGAUCGUGGACCAAGAAGGGUAUCCUGUUUAUAGGAGAAGAGACAACAAACACACCAUUGAAAAAAAUGGACUCAUCUUUCAUAGUGGUCAUGUUGUUCCUCACAAUCCAAGUUUGUUGUUGAAGUACGAAGCCCACAUUAACAUGGAAUGGUGCAACCAAAGUACUUCUAUCAAAUACCUCUUCAAGUAUAUAAACAAAGGUUCUGAUAGAAUUUCUGCAAUCAUACAAGGCCAAGAUAAGAACAACGUCGACGAAAUCAAACAAUAUUUGGAUUGUCGAUACAUCUCCCCAAGUGAAGCAUGCUGGAGGAUAUUUUCCUAUUCUAUACAUGGCAGAAAGCCAGCCGUAGAAAGACCAAGUGUAACAGAGUCUAUGUUUACAGCAUGGUUCGAAGCAAACAAGACUUAUGAAGAAGCAAGAUUACUAACUUAUGGGGACUUUGUUUCUAAAUUUGUUUAUCAUAAAAGAAGUCGAUCUUGGAAACCAAGGAAACGAGGGUAUACCAUUGGUCGACUCAUUUGGGUUCCUCAAAGCACUGGGGAGUUGUUUUAUUUAAGGAUGAUGCUCACUUGCAAAAAAGGCCCUUUAUCCUAUCAAGACAUCAAGACGGUUGACGGUAAGAGACUAAAAACAUUUCGAGAUGCAUGCUUUGCAAUGGGGUUUUUACAAGAUGAUCGCGAAUUUGUCGAGGCCAUCAAAGAGGCACAUCAGUGGGGUUCAGGUCAUUUUUUACGCAAGCUUUUUGUUACCAUGUUACUAUCUUCAUCGAUGAAUAGACCGGAACACGUUUGGAGAAAGACUUGGAUGUAUUUAUCAGAUGGCAUUCUUUAUGAUCAACGAGUAUUCGCAAGAGAUCAAGAAAUUUUUUCAGCAUUGAAACUUUGUUUUUCUUUAUUCGGUAUCAUAGGUCUGACGAUGUGUGAUGCCGAGCUAAAAGAACGAACACUCAUGGCUAUUGAAACACUGUUGCAAAAUAAUAAUCGAAGUUUGAAGGACUUCAAGACCAUGCCAUAUCCUAAAGACUAUGUCGAAACCUUUACAGGAAAUCGACUCCUUUAUGAUGAACGGCAAUAUGAUGUUCUUGCUCAACAACAACUGUUUGAAAGUCUCUACGCUUCUCUUACAGAUGAACAAAGGAGCAUCUUUGAGGAAAUCAUGACUGCUGUAGAAAAGCAAGAAGGAGGAGUUUUUUUUUUAUAUGGCUACGGUGGCACUGGUAAGACCUUCAUGUGGAACACUCUAUCAGCAGCACUUAGGUCUAAGAAAAAAAUUGUUUUGCCGGUUGCUUCAAGUGGGAUUGCAAGUUUGUUGUUACCAGGUGGAAGAACUGCUCAUUCUAGAUUUAAGAUUCCUGUCCCUACUUUGGAAAAUUCCAUAUGCAACAUUGAAAAACAAGAUCACCUUGCUGAGCUUCUAAAGAUGACAGAUCUAAUCAUAUGGGAUGAGGCUCCUAUGGCUAACAAGUUUUGCUUUGAAUCACUUGACAAAUCCUUGAGAGAUAUUAUGAGUGCAGACACAAAUGCAUCUAAAAGAGUUUUUGGAGGAAAGGUUGUUGUCUUUGGAGGUGACUUCAGACAAAUUCUCCCUGUUAUACCGAGAGGUACUAGAUCUGAUAUCAUUCAUGCAACAAUCAAUGCGUCUUACAUUUGGGAUCAUUGUAAAGUCUUGAGGCUUACAAAGAACAUGCGCUUGCAAGUUGGUCAACCUACUUCUACAAAUGAUGAGAUAAGGAGUUUUUCUGAGUGGAUUUUAAAAAUUGGAGAUGGUACCAUGUGCGAGCCAAAUGAUGGCUAUGCUGAUAUUUGUAUUCCAGAAGAGUUCUUAAUUUCCAACUUUUCAGAUCCGAUUAAGGGAAUUGUUGAAGAUACGUACCCUGAUCUCAUUCAUAACUAUCUUGAUUCCACCUAUCUUCAGAGUCGUGCAAUCUUAGCUUCAACAAUCGAAGUAGUCGAUGAUAUCAACCAAUAUAUAACAAACCUUCUUCCAGGUAUUCAAGUUUUUUUUCCGUUAUACUGUUGGACAUACAUUUUAUCUAAAUAUUCAUCUUUUUCAAUUGUUGUAGGAGAAGAGAAAGAAUACUUUAGCAGUGAUUCUAUUGAUAAAUCUGAUGCAAAUAGCUUUGAUGCAUAUGAGCACGUAACACCCGAGUUCCUAAAUGCUCUUAAGACUUCGGGAUUGCCUAACCAUUCAAUUAAGUUAAAAGUUGGUGCCACUAUUAUGUUAAUGCGCAACUUAGACCAAUCUGAAGGUUUGUGCAAUGGUACCAGGCUAACUGUUACCAGGCUUGCUGCUCAUGUCAUUGAAGCUAAGAUCAUUUCUGGAAAAAAUGUUGGUAACUUAUUUUAUAUUCCUAGAAUGUCUCUGUCCCCUUCACAGUCACCGUGGCCAUUUAAACUGGUGAGACGCCAAUUUCCAAUUAUUGUUUCCUUUGCCAUGACUAUUAACAAGUCUCAAGGCCAAUCGCUUGACAAUGUUGGUUUGUACUUGCCAAAAGAAGUUUUUAGUCAUGGGCAAUUAUAUGUGGCUAUCUCAAGAGUGAGAUCCAAAAAGGGAUUAAGGAUUCUUAUUCAUGACAAAGAUAAAGAACCUAUGCUCUCUACCACCAAUGUUGUAUUCAAAGAAGUGUUCCAUAACAUUUGA